UUUAGGACAAGACGAAUAUAGCCCAGGGUGGGAUUUGGCAAUUGAAUAAUUAAUGAGGAAAAUGAGUUAUGUUAGCAGGGAGUGAAGGGCAUAAGGAUAAUUUCACAAAGUUGGAAAGAAACGAGGCUAUAAAGGGUGGUGGCAAGGUGGUGUUAAUUAACGAACAUAAAAGAGAGUAAGAGGAGAACAUAGAAGGUAUGGGUUUGGAAGGGAGUGAUACGUGGUCGUUUAUGAGGGAUUUUCUAGAUAAGUGUGGAAGUGGUGGGUGUGCCGUCGUAGAUGGUGGGUUCGCGACUGAGCUUGAACGUCAUGGUGCGGACCUCAACGACCCACUUUGGAGUGCCAAAUGCCUUAUAAGCUCCCCCCAUUUAGUCCGAAGGGUUCAUCUAGAUUACCUUGAUGCAGGAGCAAACAUAAUAAUAACAGCAUCUUACCAGGCAACCCUCCAGGGUUUUGAGGCGAAAGGAGUGUCUAGAGAAGAAGGUGAAGGCUUGCUUCGAAGGAGCGUAGAACUUGCACGAGAGGCUCGACAGGUUUAUUACGACAGAUGCACCAAAGAUUCUUGUGAUUUUCUCAGUGAUGAUCGAUAUUGGAAACGUCCUAUUCUAGUGGCAGCUUCAGUUGGAAGCUAUGGCGCAUAUUUAGCUGAUGGAUCUGAAUAUAGUUUUGAAUUCUUUUAUAUGUUGUAUGUGUGUGACAGAGGGGACUAUGUUGACGCAGGUGCUGACUUGAUUGCCUUUGAGACUAUCCCUAAUAAAUUGGAGGCACAGGCUUAUGCUCAGCUUCUUGUGGAAGAGGACAUACGCAUCCCUGCAUGGUUCUCUUUUAGCUGCAAAGACGAGACCCAUGUGGUUAAUGGUGAUCCCAUUCAGGACUGUGCUUCUAUUGCUGACUCAUGCUCACAGGUCGUGGCAGUUGGAGUCAACUGUACACCUCCCAGAUUUAUUCAUGGUUUGAUUUCAUCUAUUAAAAAGGGUACAAGUAAGCCUAUAAUUGUGUAUCCCAACAGUGGAGAGACUUAUAUUGCUGAGACCAACCAAUGGGAGAAAUCAAGCGGGGUGGUGGAGGAUGAUUUUGUAUCCUUCGGUGGUUGCUGCAGGACUACUCCAAAUACUAUUAGAGGCAUUUCUCAUGCAAUUCGCACAAAACAACUUCAACCACAAUGAAUUGUUAGCCUGUUAGGUCAUCUAGUAUUUUUCUUUUGCUGUUAUGCAUGUUUGGUUGUGUUCUGUUUACUCCUCCGAUUUCCUUGUAUCAUACAAGGACAUACAACACUGGAUAUUUUAAGGAGCAACCAAUCUCUCAUUAAUCAUUACUAAUUACUAAUACAAAAAUAUUAUUUAAUAUUAAAAUAAGUUA